UCAUAAACAAAAAUUAAGAAAAAAUACAAUCGUUGUGAACACGUCGUUAUAAAUUUGUUGUCGUAAAUAACUUAUCAAUCAGCUGAUUGAAAAAACAUAUAUUAGAAUAUUUGCAGAAAUAAGUAUUUCGCAUUCAAAAUGCCAAGGAGAAGUGAAAAUUUUAAAAUAAUGGAUGCGCUGUGCAAGAAACAGGCAUUAAACCUGAUGAUACUUGACUCAACCGACGAUGAAGAUGAUGACGAAAUGUUUGAAAAUUUUUCAUUGAGUUUACUUUGCUUAUUAAACACUCGUAGAAGUGUGCAUCUCGGAAUACCAAAGUCAUCCCAAUGGCGACAUAAUGUACUUAGGAAAUUUGAUGACAGCCGUUUUAACGAAAUGAUUCGUGUUCGCCCGGACGAAUUUCGCCGCAUACUAGAGUAUAUAAAGGACAGUAGUGUAUUUAACACAAAUUCCAGUGGAGCACAACUUGCUUUAAACUUACAAUUAAAAAUAGUGCUAUUUAGGUUGGGAUCUUCCGGAGAUGGAUUAUCUAUACGAAAGGUUGCUUCAUUGUUUGGCGUGGAUGAUGGAGGCACUAUUCAAAAUAUAACUAAGCGCGUAUUCAAAGCAAUAUUGAGGUUAAAAGAGAAGUUUCUGUUUUGGCCAAAUGAAAAUGAACGGUUGGAAAUUGUUACUGCAACGCGGAAAGAGAUGCCAGGUUGUAUAGGCUAUAUUGAUGGAUCCGAACUAAAGUUGGCUGAAGCGACAGCCAAAAACCACGAACUUUUUUAUUCACGAAAACGCCAAUAUGCUAUUAAAAUGCAAGCAAUUUGUGACUAUAAGCUACGAAUUAGACAAGUCACAAUAGGAUACCCUGGAAGUGUUUAUGACUCCAAAUUCUUUUUGAAUAGCCCGCUUGCAAAACAUCCUCAACGAUUUUUAUCUAACUCUCAGUGGAUUGCUGGAGAUAGCGCCUAUCCACUUAAACAAUUUUUAUUGACAUCGUUCAGGAAAAAUAGUACGGACUACACUAUGGAAGAAAGAGAAAGUUAAAAUAAGUACUUUUCAAAAUAUCAUGUGCGAAUUGAGAAUUGUUUUGGCAUUUUAAAAGAAAAAUUCGGUAGCUUGAAGGAAUUGAAGUUUAGAAUGAUAAAUGAGCGAAAUAAAAAAGAAUGCAAUGAGUGGAUCAUGGUAUGCUGCAUUCUCCAUAAUAUGCUAAUCAAUUUCCAAAUUGAAAACGAAGAAAGCGUUGAAAUUAACCCACCUCAAUAUAGCUUACCACCAGGAAGUAACACAAGAUCUAGCGUUCUUGACUUCAUACAAAAUCAUAGAUUAACUUAAAAUACAUCAUUAUUUAAACGUAUACAAGUAUUUACUAUUCAUUAGUUUAAUUAGUACAUAUGUAAAAAUGUUUUUUUGUUUUUUUAUUAAAAAAUUAAUAUAAAAAGUAAUUAUUAAAAAUAAA